AACCCACAAAAGAAGAAGAAGAAUUAUUAUUAUGGAAACGAGGCGGGACCAGAACUGACCAGAAUUCUGUUAUUCCUCUCACCGGUUUUCGGAGUGACACAAUUUUUGAGGGGAGCUGCUGACAGAGAUGUUGAAAACUCAGGAUGCACCUGGUGUCUCUGUCUGUGGUUUCACUGAUCAAACAUCUACAGAACUUCUGGUUUCUGUCUGUAAUGAAGAAGAAGAGAAGAUAUCAGUAAAUCUGCUGGACUGUGGGAUGGAGCUAAAACAAGAAAUUAAAGAAGAAGAAGAAGAACAGAUAGAUAAAGGGGACUUGAUUUAUUCAGACCAGAUGAAGGUGAAGGAGGAAAGUUUGAAUGAAAUUGAGGAGAAACCUCAUCAUUAUAAAACUAAGGAAGAAUCUCUGAGCUGCUUGAAUAUUUUGUCAGAUGAAGAUUCUUGUACGUGCUUUCGGUGUGGGAACAUCUUCAGUAGUCAUUCCGACCUUAAUGCACACAUGCAAAUUCACAUCGGAGAAAAGCCUAACAGUUGUGAUCAGUGUGGAAGAAGCUUCACUCAUAAGGCCCGCUUUGAUGCACACAUGCGAAUUCACACUGGAGAAAGGCCUUACAGUUGUGACCAAUGUGGAAGGAGCUUCACUCAAAAAUCCAAUCGUGACACACACAUGAAAAUUCACACUGGAGAAAGGCCUUACAGAUGUGAUCAGUGUGAAAAGACAUUUACUCAUAAGAUGUCCCUUGAUGGACACAUGCGAAUUCACACUGGAGAAAAGCCUUACAGUUGUGACCAAUGUGGAAGGAGCUUCACUCAAAAGAACUCCCUUAAUGCACACAUGCGAAUUCACACUGGAGAAAAGCCUUACAGAUGUGAUGAGUGUGGAAGGAGCUUCAUUCGUAAGAUCUGCCUUGAUGCACACGUGCGAAUUCACACUGGAGAAAAGCCUUACAGAUGUGAUCAGUGUGGAAGUAGCUUCAUACAUAAGCACUCCCUUGAUGCGCAUAUUAGAAUUCACACUGGAGAAAGGCCUUACAAAUGUGACCAGUGUGGAAAGACCUUCAUUCAAAGGUCCAAUCGUGACACACACAUGAAAAUUCACACUGGAGAAAGGCCUUACAGUUGUGAACAUUGUGAAAAGACAUUCACUCAUAAGAAGUCCCUUGAAGGACACAUCCGAAUUCACACUGGAGAAAAGCCUUACAGUUGUGAUCAGUGUGGAAGGCGCUUUAGUCAAAAGAACUCCUUUAAUGCACACAUGCGAAUUCACACUGGAGAAAGGCCUUACAGUUGUGAUCGGUGUGGAAGGAGCUUCAUUCAUAAGGUCUCCCUUGAUGCACACAUGCGAAUUCACACUGGAGAAAGGCCUUACAGUUGUGAUCUGUGUGGAAGGAGCUUCAUUCAUAAGAACUCCCUUGAUGCACACAUGCAAACUCACAAUGGACAAAGGCCUUAAAGAUGUGAUGAGUGUGGAAAAAGCUACAAAUUAUAUUCUACAUCUGAGGUUCUGAACUCUGGCUUGCGAGAUAAUAAAAAUUAUUUAUUAAUAUAUUCUUUGUAUAUUUAUUUGUUAUUCGUAGUAUGAAUAGUUUGUAUGUAUAGGCUCUGAGGGCUUGAAACUGGCGUUUUAAUCACUUGUGCCCGUUAAAUGUCAGAAGACUAAUUGUAAAACAUCUCAUACAUACCUUGUCUGCUGUUGUCAGUAACGGAUUUUCUAAUUACAAUAGACUAUGGUCUUUUUCUCCACUCAUAUUUAUACAUAAUGUAUUGUCCUAUUUGUCGUGUUAACUAAAUAACCCAUAACAUCUGACAUUGUCUUGUUUGAUUUUGUGUAGGUAGAAUUUAAGUAUAUUUAUUUUCUGGUUUAAAUGAUCAGUAGAAAUACUAUUGGGUCAUUUUAUUUGUAUGAACUUGCAUAAGAAACGGACAUUGUGGCAGUUGGGACUUUUUAAACAUACCGCUGAAUGGUGAAUUUUAUAAAAGAUUAAGCCUGGCUUAUAGUUGUGCGUAGGUUCUUUGCUGUAGCUCUGCCGUAGGCUAUGCAUAGCCUGAUGUGCACCUCUAACAACGUCUAACAAAAUAUGUUUCCAAUGCUCCCAAUAAUGUUUUCUGCCAACAUAAAAGUGUCCAGUUUUAUGUUUUAAGAAUGUUUAUUGGUUAUCUGAAUGUUAGAGAAAUGUAACAUUCUAUUAUUUUCAAACGCUAUGACAAUAUCAUGUUUUAAAACUACUGUUUUCUAUAUUUACUUUUUUUGCUUGUUAUGUAAAUGAUACAGAAACAUUAUUAUUUUAAAACUGUUAUGAAACCUUAUUUCUGUAGGAAUCACAAUUCACUUAUUGGCCUUAGAUGUUAAUGUUUUGUUUUAUUUUAAGACACCAUUAUGGUGAUCCGUGUUUGUUUUAGUUGGACUCUUGGCCUUUGAUAUCUUGCUUGUUAGUUUUUCUCUGGUUGCAUUAAAAUCAAUUGUGUGUAUAAAAUACAUUUGUGAUAGUAAUGCAAGGUUUCUAGUGCAAGUAUGUGGUGGCUGGUAAAUAACUGAUUUACUCAAAAAAUCCUCAAUGAAUAUCUGCUGUAUCCCAUUUCUACAGGAAAGAAAACUUUUGAUAUGCAAGUAAAAUAAUUAAUUAUAUGGUAAUCUUUCAACUUUACAUUACUGUCACAAAUGUAUUUUAUACACUCAAUGGAUAUUACCGUAAACAGAGAAAAAUUAGCAAGCAAGAUGUCAAGGGUCAAGAGUCCAAAUAAAACAAACACUGAUCACCAUAAUGAUGACUAACAAAACAUCAACAUCUAAGCCCAAUAAGUGAAUUGUGUUUCCUACAGAAAUAUUUUUACAGAAAAUUGAGAAAUUAUGUUUUAUAACAUUAUUAUAAUGUUAAACAUUAUAAAAUGCAAUGUUUCUCUAUUAAGCAGUGAGAUUGCGAAUUGCCACCAAUUUCAAUUUUGAAAUGCAAUAAGAAGCAUACGGUAACUGCCACAGGACAAACAUCUUGUCUGAGAUGGCUCCGUUUGUCCAUUUAGGGCUACUGUGAAAACAUGUUGGCGUCUACCAUGUCUCAUUCUUAGGUAAUAAAACAAUAUAGUUCAUUAUGUAAGGUCUUUAUACACCCCUGAUAAUAUAGUUAUGUAUAUAAUAUUGCAUUUCUGUCAAGAGAUCCUUCUAAAAUUUACACAAUGAACCUUUAAUUUUUAAAGGUGUUGUCUUUUUUCCUUGGGUAGAUUGAGAGUAGAAAGCACUUUGGUCAACAAGUCUUGUUUUAAACGUGCAAGACUAGAUUUCAAAAACUAGCAAGCAAGAUUUCAAGGGCCAAUAGUCCAACUAAAACAAACACUGAUCACCAUUACAGUGACUUAAAAUAAAACAAAACAUCAACAUCUAAGCCCAAUAAGUGAAUUGUGAUUCCUACAGAAAUAAUGAUUUAUAACAGUUUUAAAAUGAUAAAAUGCAAUGUUUCUCUAUCAACGGUGUCUUACUGGCAUGGCACACCUACAGAGCUCAUGUUCCUCUAUGUA